GGCCGUCUCGGGAUUCGUUUUGGCUCCACGGACCGCAUCGACAUCGCUCCGUCUGCAUUGCCGAGAGCAGCCGCAAUGUCUGGCAGCGGGGAUAUGGACAUGAUGGACGUUGACCAGGUCAACGACAUCAUCCACACGCUCCGUGCACAUCCGCUGGUCCCCGGCACAGGUCACGGCGUCGUUUUGCUGGACUCGGUCGAUGUCCAUCCAGAGUGCGUCAUUGUUAUCGACACAAACUACCUGAUCAGCGAUAUCGGAUUCGUCAGCGAGGUGCUCAAAUGCGCCAACCACUUCUUCACCACCAUUCUGAUUCCGAAAGCCGUCGUCCGGGAGCUGGAUGCUCUGAAGUCGAACCCAGGCUGCCCAGUUUCGAAGGAGGCCCGGCGAGCAAACGACUUUCUGCUGAAUGCCUUGCAGACCAAGACGCCGUACCUGCGGGGACAAACCUUGGAACAGGAGAGCUUUGGCCAGGUGUGUGAUUGUCGGCGGAUCUGCUGCUCUUGCAGAGCCCUUGCAUCGAUCCAGAUGGUCGCCGCACACAGCCUGUUGAAUAUGCAGCCCUCAUUGCGAUUCGAUCAUCUCCAAUCCCAUCCAUAUCUUGGCAGGCCAUGACCAACGACGACCGGAUAGUGGACUGUUGCCGCUGGGUAGCAGAGUCGGUCCUGCGGGUUGUCCUGCUAUCAAACGGUAUUAUGGCUGCGGCGAGAGCAUCGAUCGGUCGACUUCGAAAGACAGUGUGCCUUGGUCAUCCGCUGUCCUUC